GACAACACCCCCCCCCCCCCCCCGCCGCAUCCCCACAUCGUGUUGCCUGCUAAUUUCGUGGGUGGAUCUGUAUGCUCCGAAGUCAAGCGUGGCGUUGUAGAUCGGUGCUUUUGCCGGAGUUUUUGUAGCAUUUGAAGACGAUGAGGGUUCGCGGUGGGUCGGAAAUGCGUAUGGUAUUGCGAGGGUGUGUAAUGGAUCUGUAAAAGAGGAAUGGGGUUUAUGGGAUUUGAGGUCCGAAAGUCGAUUUGUGGAGUUGGGUUUGUGAUGAAACGACGAGGGGGUGGAGAUAGGGGCAGGAUGUAGGUUGGGGGAGUUGCGAGGGUUGGAGUGAAGGAGGGGGAUUUUUGUGAAGGAUUUUGGUGAAGCGGGAACGAUGGCGGAAGGGGACGAGAGGAGGAAAAGUGCAGACGAGGGUGGAGCUGAAGGUGUUGAAAUGACGACUGUGGAUCUGUCGUCUCCAUUACCGCCCCGCCAUGCUGCUCCGGAGAGUCCUCCUGGUGCUCGGUCACAGGGAAAAGAAAAUGGGCAGGGACGGCCUUCUUCUCCAAGCAAGGCUAUCUUUGAGCGCAGCGAGCGCGAAUCGAAGCUGGAACUCUUUGAAAGUGAUCCUCUUGUAAAUGUGAGGGGCCUCAAAAGUAUGGGAGGUCAGCAGCAUACACCACAAAGUCCUCAGGUCGGAGAGGUUGCAGUCCCUGUUGGUCAACAGCGUCAAGAUCCUGCCCAGCAACCUUUUUUCCAGACGAAGAGUGCAAAUCUUGGGACAUUGAUGGGCGUCUUCAUACCUUGCCUACAGAACAUUCUGGGCAUUAUAUUUUAUAUUCGAUUUUCAUGGAUUGUUGGUAUAGCAGGCAUCUGGCACAGCUUGGUGCUGGUAUCUGUUUGCUGCCUCUGUACAUUUCUAACUGGGCUUUCCCUUAGUGCUAUUGCCACUAAUGGGGCUAUGAAGGGUGGAGGUCCUUACUAUCUGAUAGGCAGGGCGCUGGGUCCUGAGGUUGGGGUCAGCAUUGGACUUUGCUUUUUUCUCGGCAAUGCUGUGGCUGGAUCUUUAUACGUCCUUGGAGCCGUAGAAACCUUUCUCGAUGCCAUUCCUGCGGCAGGCAUAUUCAAGCAAACCAUUACCAUCACCGACACGCUUCCUGGAGCUCCAUCUGGGUCAACAGUGACUGAUGUACUGAAGACCACAAAUAUUCACGACCUUCAGGUUUAUUCAGUAAUACUUACAGUAUUACUUUGCCUGAUUGUCUUUGGAGGAGUCAAAAUCAUUAACAAGGUUGCUCCCGCUUUCCUUGUUCCAGUGCUGUUAUCGGUAGCACUGAUCUUCAUUGGUAUUUUAGCUGCUCCUCGCAGCAAAGAUCCGCCGGGAGUCACGGGUUUAAGAUGGAGUACAUUGACCUCCAAUUGGGGCUCUGCAUUUCAACGCACCAAUCAUGCUGGCAUUCCAACUCCUGACGGAGAUAUAUACUGGAGCUUUUAUUCAUUGUUGGGACUUUUCUUCCCAGCUGUCACAGGCAUCAUGGCAGGUUCAAAUCGUUCGGCAUCUUUAAAAGACACGCAAAAAUCAAUUCCCGUGGGGACAUUGUCAGCUAUUGGCACUACCACGGCUUUGUAUCUGGUGUCUGUGUUCAUGUUUGGGGCAGUAGCCACUAGAGAACAGCUGCUAACCGACAGACUGUUGACAGCGACAGUGGCAUGGCCAGUAGCUUGGGUAGUGCAAGUAGGAGUGAUUUUGUCAACACUUGGUGCUGCUUUGCAGAGCCUAACAGGGGCUCCAAGACUUUUAGCUGCCAUAGCCAAUGACGAUAUUCUUCCAGUAUUGAAAUACUUCAAGGCCCCAGAUGGUGUGGAACCUCAUUUAUCAACACUCGCCACCAUGUUCAUCUGCUCAAGCUGUGUAGUUAUUGGCAACCUUGACCUCAUCACCCCUGUUAUCACCAUGUUUUUUCUCAUGUGCUAUGGAGGUGUAAAUCUGUCUUGCCUUUUGCUUGAGCUUCUAGACGCGCCCAGCUGGCGUCCUCGCUGGAAAUAUCAUCACUGGAGCUUCUCACUUGUGGGUGCGGUUCUUUGCAUCGUUAUCAUGUUCGUAAUUUCAUGGUUAUUUACUGUGGUCUCAUUAGCAUUGGCAAGUUUGCUUUAUUGGUAUGUUAGCAUCAAAGGCAAAGGCGGUGAUUGGGGAGAUGGGUUCAAAAGUGCCUACUUCCAACUUGCCUUGCGAAGUCUUCGUUCUCUUGGAGCAACUCAAGUACAUCCAAAAAAUUGGUAUCCUAUUCCUCUCAUCUUCUGCAAGCCAUGGGGGAUCUUGCCGAAUGACGCGCCUUGCCAUCCAAAACUUGCAGAUUUUGCAAACUGCAUGAAGAAAAAGGGCCGUGGAAUGUCCAUCUUCAUGUCCAUUUUAGAAGGAGACUACAAGACUAGAAAUGAAGAUGCUCGACAGGCUGGCAAGCUGUUGGGUACGUACAUUCAAGAGAAGAAAUGUGAAGGAGUUGCAGAAGUCAUUGUGGCAAGAAGACUUCUUGAUGGAUUUCGGGGCGUGGUUCAGACCAUGGGGCUGGCCAACUUAAAGCCAAAUAUCGUGUGCAUGCGAUACCCUGAAACAUGGAGAGAUGAAGCUCACCGCGAAGUGCCUAACAAUUUCUACAGUAUCAUCAACGACUGCUCCACAGCAAACAAGGCAGUUGUCUUUGUGAAGGGUCUGGAUGAGUGGCCUAAUGAAUAUGACAGGCAGUAUGGUACUAUUGACCUGUACUGGAUUGUUCGAGAUGGUGGUCUCAUGUUAUUGCUGUCUCAGUUGCUUCGUGCAAAAGAAUGUUUUGAUAAUUGCAAAAUCCAGGUGUUCUGCAUUGCUGAGGAAGAGACGGAGGCUGAAGAAUUAAAAGCGGACGUGAAAAAGUUUUUGUAUGAUUUGCGAAUGCAAGCAGACGUUAUUGUGGUGACUAUGAAGUCGUGGGAGGAUCACCGACAGGAAAAUGGAGUAGGCCGCGACGGUGCUAUGGAGGCUUUCUCAAAAGCUCGCAAGCGGAUCACAGUCCGUGUGGAGGAAAUGAAGCAAGUCUGUGGUGAUAGCAAGUUUGAGGCGGAUUAUAGUCCUUUCAACGAGCACCAGGUGAACAAGUUUUUGUAUACAACAUUAAAGCUCAAUUCUAUCAUUUUACGGUACUCUAAACUUGCGGCAGUAGUUCUAGUUAGUUUGCCUCCACCACCCCCUCGCCACCCUGCAUUUUGCUAUAUGGAGUACAUCGACUUACUGGUAGCUAACAUCCCUAGACUAUUAAUGGUGCGAGGAUACAGACGAGAUGUCAUCACUGUCUUCACGUAGACAGGAGUGCAGGCCCUACAUAGGACUUGUCCUGCUGCAUCGAGUAUUUAUGUACACAAUCAUGAUGUUGCGCCAAGGUUAGUGUUAGUUAACGAGCUUCUUUAUUGGAAGUAUACUGCGGAUAAAACUUUCAUCUCCCGCAUCUUGUAGGUCGAGAAGAUGAAUUACUCUCCACUGCCGGUGUCGACAAAGCGACUCUAGGAAACAUUCUUUUCCACCUUACUGUAGAAUGAAACAAAGAAGAAUCUAUGAUGAGACAUUUUACUGUCUGAAAUGUUUCUCAUUAUCUUUUAAUCUUU